UUCCUAUUAAAGUAGACUUAAAAAGAGGACGCUAUGCACAGUGUUUCAAUUUCACCUUACUUUGCCUCCAUAAUCUGCACAAAAAAUAAGCAGAAAUUUCUUUUACCAUCAUUGAACAAGCACCACCGAAACCUACAAAUCAGAGCGAUGAGAGCCGUGGUCCAAAGGGUCGCUUCUGCUAGUGUCGAGGUCGAUGGCCGCAUUGUAUCGGAAAUCGGACCCGGUCUCCUCGUUCUCGUCGGAAUCCAUGAUUCCGACACCGAAUCUGAUGCCGAUUAUAUCUGUAGAAAGGUUUUAAACAUGAGAUUGUUCACUAAUGAAAACACUGGCAAAGGAUGGGACCAGAAUGUCAUGCAACGUAAUUAUGGAGUUCUACUAGUGAGUCAGUUUACAUUGUAUGGAAUCUUAAAGGGCAACAAACCAGACUUCCAUGUAGCAAUGCCACCCCAAACAGCUAAGCCAUUCUAUGAAUCUAUAGUUGACAAAUUCAGAAAAGCUUAUAAACCAGAUGCAGUAAAAGAUGGAGUAUUUGGAGCAAUGAUGAAGGUUAGUUUGGUCAACGACGGGCCGGUAACGAUGCAGCUCGAUUCAUCACAACCAUCAAAGAAUACAACUGGAGUGGCAGAGGAAUCCUAAAUUGGUGGGUUGAGUACACUAUGUUGUUGGCAGAUCUUUGUAGAACUUGAUACAAAAGAAAUUGUUUUUUAGGAUGUUUCAUUGUAAGGCAAUAAUUUACCACUUUUCAGCUGGAAGCUUAACCUUUUUAAUAUCAAAUCAGCUUUUUAGAAA